AUGACUCUCAGAAGUCUUCAAAAAUGGACCUUUAAAAAGGUGUCCAAUUAUAAUCUAUUCAUGUUAGAAGAAAAUGAUUAUGAUGAAGAGGAUGAUCUCAAUGAUCCAGCUGUUGUUCUUAAGCAUCAAAAGUACAAAACUCGGUUGUACAUUGUACUUGUCACAGUAUGUCUGUAUAUUCUGGUCUAUUCAAAUUUGGUAAAAACUGAAUCACAAACCGUUAUUGUUUCUUAUAUAACACUGGAUAUUUUUAAUGAUCUUUCUUCCAAAUAUGGCCAAAAUCUUUCAUGUCCAUGCACGACGACUACAGUCCCGUUGGAAAAUUUUAUGUCUAACAAUAUUUCAAUGCAUCCUAUAUGCCAAAGUUAUUUCGUUGAUAGCGAAUGGAUUGAUGGCUUGUAUUUUGAGAACGCAAGUUCUUUUGUUAAUUGGGAUUUUCGAAAAACAGCCUAUUCACAGUUCAAAAUUUUAUCACAGUUCUGCUCGCUUUCGAAAGAAACUAUUAUUCAAAUUCAACAAAAUGUGAACAAAACUCAAUUGAUUACCAUUGAAAUUCAUUCUAAAUUACAACUUGAAUUAGAGGUAGACGCUCACGUUCAAUUUCACAACAACAUUGCACUUGGUCAAAUGAUUUCAUUUUUGGAUUAUUUGAAAACAACCAUCACUAGAAAUAAUUUUGUUUCAGCUCUUGGUACUAAUCAUAUCUUCAGCGUACAAAGUGACAUGACAAAUACUCAUCGCCCAUUUGCACAGGCACUAGCUUUUGUAACUUCCCAGCAACCUCCUGUAGAGCCGUGUGGUCUAUAUGGUUUCAAGUUGGCAACUGCUUUUAAUUCAUUACCAAUCGAUGAAAUAUACAUGAGCGUUGACGCACUGAUAGCUUAA